UUCCUCAAACACAUUUCAAUGUAAACUGAAGACUUUGAUUUGCUCCGUUAGUAUAUUCUAGAACCAUUGCUGCUACUAGAAUCUUUUAAAACAAAUUUUCAUUAAUAUUUAGGAGCUAGGAAACAAAAAUGGCCCUUUGAUUGAAUUACUAUGUUGGAAAAGUUAAGGAUUGUUUUCUACAUAUUUUUAACUUUGCUUAUACCGUUUUUGUUGCAAGAGUAUAUCUCAGCUAUUCUGAUAAACACACUUAGGAAAAACGGUGCAUUGGGAUCUUGUGGCAAUCGUUAAACAUGGAGAUAGCGUUUCUAUUUUUAUUGGUUUUCCUUAUUAAUUUAGGAUGUAUUGCCUCGGAGUUAAGUCUAAGAUUUGUAUUCAUCACGGAGGUGCAAGAGCCGGAGUUGGCGCAGCAGAUCGCCAGGGCCUUGAAGGUUUCGGAAAACAUACGCCCAGAGCUUCGUCUUACCGACUUCAUCGUAUACCUGGACAGAGAGAAUGAGGAGGAGAGCUACCGAAAAUUAUGCUCAGCUGUCUCCAGCGACGUUUCAAUGAUCAUAGACCUGAGCUGGUCUCCUUGGGAGUCAGCUACGCAGAUCGCUGAACAGACGUCUAUACCCUUAGUGCGGUCGCUGUUGGGAAACCAGCAACUUGUGUCCGCAUUGGAUGACUAUCUUGAAGUAAGGAAUGCUACUGAUGCAGCUCUGCUGUUGCCUAGCGAGAUUGAUGUAGACAAAACCCUCUACCACCUACUUGGUUCGUCGAACGUGCGAGUUUGGGUGCAUUCUGGGCUGACGAAAGAUGCGGCCCGCGCGCUCAAGAGUAUGAGACCAGGGCCAGGGUUCCAUGCCAUCAUUGGGGAUAAUACUUUUGUUACUGAUACAUAUCGACGGGCAGUAAAAGAGAAGCUAGUCCGUCGCGACUACCGAUGGAAUCUUGUCUUGACUGACUACUCUGCUGCAAAUCUGGACAUAUCUAUGACGGUCCCCACGAUGAUCCUGAGUGCUGAUCCAACGGAAUGUUGCAAGCUGCUGGGUCAAGCUGAAGACUGUUCUUGUCCAGCUGAUAUUCAGAGAAAGCAGCACAUCCUAAAUGCAUUAAUAGCUUACAUAUCGGAGGUCUACUUCAAGUUAGAUAACUCGAUCCCUACGGUAUCUGUGUCAGCAGAUUGCGAGAACCUCCGUAUGUCUGCUGACAUGAAUGUCACUAGGGACCGACUGUACCGACAGUUUGCGGAAGAUGCUGCUUUGAGCAACGAUACUAUAUUCUAUUGGGAUGAGGAUAAGAUGGGACUCUUUCUUCGUACAAGAUUCACCCUGUCUUCUUACGCACCAAGUGAGGGUCUCAACCACGUGGCGAGCUGGUCUGCAGACGAGGAGUUCAAACUGCUGCCAGGGGUCACACUACAGCCGUUACGAAUGUUCUUUAGAAUUGGAACCACUGCGGCGGUGCCCUGGACAUUACCGAAACUGGACCCUGAUACAGGACAACCGAUGUUUACAGAAGAGGGUCAGCCAAUGUAUGAAGGAUACUGCAUCGAUCUCAUUCAAAAGAUUUCAGAAGUGAUGGAAUUUGAUUAUGAGAUUGUCACGCCUCAAACUGGGACUUUUGGUCGUAAACUUCCCAACGGAUCAUGGGACGGUGUUGUAGGGGAUCUAAUGAGAGGAGAAACAGAGUUCGCUGUCUCUGCUCUCACAAUGACAGCAGAACGGGAAGAAGUCAUUGAUUUCGUAGCCCCUUAUUUUGAACAAACUGGAAUCCUAAUUGUAAUCAGGAAGCCGACUCGCAAAACGUCCCUCUUCAAGUUCAUGACAGUUCUUCGGACGGAAGUCUGGCUCAGCAUCGUGGCGGCUCUCAUCCUGACUGGCUUCAUGAUCUGGCUGCUUGACAAGUACUCGCCGUAUAGCGCCAGGAAUAACCCCGAGGCCUACCCGUACCCUUGUCGAGAAUUCACCCUAAAAGAGAGUUUCUGGUUUGCCCUGACCUCCUUCACCCCGCAAGGGGGCGGGGAGGCCCCCAAGGCACUGUCGGGGCGUACGUUAGUCGCUGCUUAUUGGCUGUUCGUGGUUCUUAUGUUGGCGACGUUCACGGCCAAUUUGGCCGCCUUUUUGACUGUGGAAAGGAUGCAGACCCCGGUGUCGUCCCUGGAGCAGCUGGCCAGGCAGUCCCGCAUCAACUACACGGUGGUGGAGGGGUCCACCAUUCACGAGUACUUUAUUAACAUGAAGUUUGCUGAGGACACUCUUUACAGGGUUUGGAAGGAGAUAACCCUGAACGCCACGUCAGACCAGGCGCAGUACAGGGUGUGGGACUACCCAAUCAGAGAGCAGUACGGACACAUCCUAUUGGCUAUCAACGCUUCCGGUCCGGUGCCCGAUGCUAAGACUGGGUUUGAGCAAGUGAAUGAGCACACUGACGCGGACUUCGCCUUCAUACACGAUUCUGCUGAAAUUAAAUACGAGGUGACCCGCAACUGCAACCUGACGGAGGUGGGCGAGGUGUUCGCGGAGCAGCCCUACGCCAUCGCCGUGCAGCAGGGCUCCCGCCUGCAGGAGGACCUGAGCCGCGCGCUGCUCGACCUGCAGAAGGAGCGCUUCCUCGAGCAGCUCGCUUCUAAAUACUGGAACGAGACGGCCAAGCAAGCUUGUCCAGAUGCUGAUGAGUCUGAAGGAAUCACUUUGGAGAGUUUAGGUGGUGUUUUCAUAGCCACACUAUUCGGACUUGGCUUAGCAAUGCUAACAUUAGCUUGGGAAGUGUUCUACUACAAGCGAAAGGAGAAAAACAAAAUUAAAUCCAUCGAUGCUACAGUUGAAAAACCUAAAGAGGCUUUCGCGCCAUCUAAAAAGAGUUUACUGGAAACCAAGAUGGCUGAAGGUGUUGCCAGAUUACGGAAAAGGGAUAAAAAGGGGAAGGGAAAUCUCCCCAAAAAUGUCACCAUUGGGGAUACAUUUAGACCAGCCGCUGAUAAUGCCAAUGUGUCUUAUAUCAAGGUUUACCCUAAAGAUGGAUUUAAACCUUAAAGUAGCAUCACAAUAAUAAAAUGGUAGAAUAGUCUAUGGUAGUUAUUUCACAGACACGAAAAAUAGUUUUUUUGAUCACAGAUGAAUAAAAAUGCAAAGUAAUAA